GCAGCAUUCCGUGCCGAACAAUGACGACAACGUCGCGUGCACUGAGCUCUUUCGCCUGACUCUCAUCGCCCUCUAUCGGGUCAUCGUCAAGGGCCAAGAAUGCCGCACCCGCUUCUGUCAUGGAGCAAUCCUGCUGUGCGCACGCUAGCAGCCACGAUUGCAACGGCCUACGGUGCCCAAGUAGCUUGUGCAGCCUUUGCAGUCCCCAUGCAAACAGAGAAGUACUAUGAUCUGUCAGGCGGCGCGACUUUCAUUGGCUGCACGGUCAUGUCACUUUACUAUCCUGCCCUGCACGCCAAGUUCGUUCAGGGCAAAUCAGUCCCUUUUCCUGCCAUCACAUCCUUCCAUCCCCGUCAGCUCCUCCUAUCGGGCUUCACGAUACUCUGGGCGGGCAGACUGUCCAGCUUCCUGUUCCAGCGCAUCCAGAAGCACGGCAGCGAUAGUCGGUUUGAUGAUAUCAAGCCUUACCCACUCAAGUUCUUCGGUGCAUGGAUGGCGCAAGCCACUUGGGUCACCCUGACCGCUCUGCCCUGUUUCCUGGUCAACUCUAUACCAGCACGACUGCAGCCCGGAUUGGGCAUUCGCGACUUUGUCGGAGUCGGACUGUGGAUUGGCGCUUUCCUCUUUGAAGCCAUUGCCGAUCGUCAGAAGUCCGCUUGGAGAGCAGAGAAGGAAGCAAAGAAGCACGACGAGCCAUUCAUCAAAUCCGGUCUCUGGUCGCUCUCUCGUCAUCCCAACUACUUCGGCGAAGUCUCAAUGUGGGCAUCACAGUACAUUGUUGCAACAACCGCGUUGGCCGGCCCAGGUGCAGCGACCGUCUUCCCUACCUAUUUCGUUGCACUCGCAGCCAUCAGUCCCAUCUUCGAGUACUGUCUGAUUCGAUAUGCUUCUGGCGUACCGAUGCUCGAGAAGGCACAAGACAAGAAGAUGGGCGACGAUCCCGCUUGGAAGAAAUACAAGGCGGAGACGCCCGUGUUUGUUCCCAAGCUUCCCUGAAUCUGCGUUCAUACUCAUUCGGAUACGGCACACAAUGCAUGACAUCUACAAGGAG